AUGGUAUCAAGAUAUCGAGAUAUAAUUGAAAAAAAUCAAACAAAUUUUUCUAGACAACCAUCAAUUAUAAGUACAACACCUAGUAUUCGACAUGGUUCGACUAGUGAGAUAAAUGUAGAUACAGUUAGUAUAAAUGAUUCAACAUCGAUUACAAAUAAUCAAAAGAAUAAUGAUGAAUCAAUAGUUAUUGAUGAUAAUAAUGAAGUUAAUAAAAUAAAUUUACAAUCGACUAAUAAAAAUUCAAUCGAUAUAAAUAAUACAAGUGCUACAGCUACUCAAUACGGUAUAUAUGAUGUAGAGAAUGAUUCAACAACAAUAAAUAAAAAUGAAUUAACUGAAUCAAAACUUCCCGAUUAUCCAAAAGCAAAUUUUAAUUCAAAUGAAUCAUCAAUGAAUAUGACAGAAAAAUUAGAACGAGCAUUAUCGAAUAUAGCACCAUUUUUACGUGAUAUAUUUAUAGAAUUUUCAUAUAUACUUACAAAAACAUUAGUUGGUUCAUAUGGGCAAGAAUUAUUACUUAAUGGUUUACAUGCACUUAAACAAACAGCAUCUAUUGUUGAACUUGUUAUGUUAUUAUGUUCACAAGAAUGGCAAAAUUCUCUUCACAUAAUAAAUAUUCAAAUCUAA